AUGACUGAUAAUCCCUGCUCAAAUUUCUACACAGACCGGUACAGAUUCAACCCUUUACACCAUUUUUCUACUAAAAGUCCUCCUCAUUACCUGAUGAAUAAUCCAUAUAUUCACGACUUGUAUUCAUCAAAUAGUCCAACCCCACCUUCUUCAUCUCCUGUGAGAGAAGCUCUUCCACUUCUGAGCUUAAGUCCCACAAUAAAUAAUGAAGAAAAACAAGAGCCCUCUUGGAAUUCAGCCAUGGAUUUGGACAAAAACAAAGGGGCAGAAGUUAAGGUUACUGCUGAUGAUAAUGAAGAGGUUACUGUUGCUCUGCACAUAGGGUUACCAAACCCUAGCGCUGCUGAUCUGGCAUCUAUACUCUCUGAAACCACUGCUAAAGAUGAAGAACCUGAUGUUUCAGGUUAUCCUAUCAACAGACUCAAUGGACAAUACUGGAUACCUACCCCUUCUCAGAUUCUUAUAGGUCCAACACAGUUUUCAUGUUCUGUUUGCUUCAAAACCUUCAACAGAUACAACAACAUGCAAAUGCACAUGUGGGGGCAUGGAUCACAGUAUAGAAAAGGGCCUGAAUCUCUGAGAGGUACUCAACCAACAGGAAUGCUAAGACUCCCUUGUUAUUGCUGUGCACCUGGCUGCAAAAACCACAUUGACCAUCCAAGAGCAAAACCCUUAAAAGAUUUCAGAACCCUUCAAACUCAUUACAAGAGGAAGCAUGGAACCAAGCCUUUCAUGUGUAGAAAAUGUGGCAAAGCUUUUGCAGUGAGAGGAGAUUGGAGAACCCAUGAAAAGAAUUGUGGUAAACUUUGGUAUUGCAUUUGUGGUUCUGAUUUUAAGCACAAAAGAUCCUUAAAAGAUCAUAUUAAAGCUUUUGGGCAUGGCCAUGGAGCUUUGGGCAUUGAUGGUUUUGAAGAAGAAGAUGAACCUACAUCAGAAAUUGAACAAGAUGAUGAGUCCAUGCAGUGA